AUGACACAGAACUGCAGGAAGGUAUACAAGUCCGAAGGGUGUUGCCGACGAGAUAAAAAUAUGAUAAAAUGUGCCACGGCAGCUAUAAACCAGAUGAAGACGAUGUUCGAUACGGCCUGGUGCCCAAUAAAAGAAAAACCGGAAAAACAUCGGGGCAAGUAUAAUGGUUGUGUAAUAGACCCCGUGUGUAACAUCAGAGAAUGUCCUUUCCGUGGAACCGGAGUGGCGCCUAACGUUUUGCAGACUUAUUGCACCAAAAGCAAAGAGAAGACUGGUGGCGGAGUGGCGGACCGGGAUGCCAUGCGGCUGAAUCCGGGGGACGUGGGCCUGCGCGGUGACAGGGCCACGUUCUCGUUGGGCCGUGACCCUGGCUUGGUGCACUACGACGAAACCACCAGCCACGGUGCGGUGUACUAUAACAUGCGGCCAAAUGGGUUUCAACUGGCGGUGGAUCAAGACGAUGAGCAGGAUGGCGACAACCACGCCAUGCAGCAGCAGGAGCAGGAGCAAGAUAUGGAUCAGGAUCAGGACCAGGAUUGGGAUCGUGAUCUGGACCAGGAUCAAGAUAUAGAUCCAGAUCAGGAUAAUGAUCAAGAUCAGGACCAGCAGGUGGACGAGUCUGGAGAUCAGCAGUCGGCCAAAGACCGAAAGCAUGUGAUGGAAAUGCUGCCCGCAUCCGUAAAACCGACGCUCGGACCGGUCACCGGACUGCCCGUAAGCGACGACGAGCACGUGUUCGUUCUGUGGUUGGGCAAGCGGCCGGGCGAACCGGACGAGAAAGCCAGGCUGCAAAUCGAGGUGCGCGUGCCCAAGUGGGUGCCGGAGCCGGAGCCGGUGCCAUCCGAGACCAUGGUCGUGGAGGUACCGCUGGAAGUGACGGUGAAACCCAAGGGCGGUAAGAAGAAGAAGCGCGGCAGCUCCAAGAAGAGUAACAGCUCCAAGAAGAGUGGAGGCUCCAAGAAGAGCGGAGGCUCCAAGAAGAGCGGAAGCUCCAAGAAGCGCGGAAGCUCCAAGAAGCGCGGGAGCUCUAAGAAGAGUAACAGCUCCAAAAAGAGCGGAAAGAAAUGA